GAAAAUUCCUGAUCACGAAUGUGGCAAUGAAGCUGUUAACUUUCAGUCAACUCUUUUUCGUGGGGAUACAGGCAUCAAAGCUAGGCGUACCCCAGCCUGCGCAGAGAGAUCAAGUCAAUUGCCAACUCUAUGCCGUCCAGCCAAACGAUAACUGCAUUGAUAUCAGCAGCAAAAAUAAUAUCACCUACGCCCAACUGCUCUCUUGGAAUCCUUCACUCAGCUCUACAUGCUCUAACCUUGCGAGCUUGAACUCAAGUAGCAUCUGUGUCAGUAAUCCUAAAGGCACAUUUUCUAUUUCAAGUAAUACCGUUGGGGCAACCGAUAUUGCUACUACAACUGCCCCAGUUCCAUCUCCAACCUUGGACCAGACAACAUCUAGAUGCGCAAAGUAUUAUCAAGUCUCUGACGGCGACGAUUGCUCCCACUUGACUGCACAAUUUGCAAUUACACUGAAGGAUUUCAUCUUUUUGAAUUCUGAAGUUUGGCAAAAUUGCACAAAUCUGGAAUUGGGUUAUUACUACUGCGUUGAGCCGGUCGGAUACAUCUCUACCUACCCAGGGUAUUUACCUACGGCUACAACGAAACCAUUCAACCAAACUAGUGCGACGUCUCUGCCAUAUGAUGGGGAUCCAUGGGCCAGAUUCUCUUCAAACUCCUCAGUGAUACCUAUUGCAAAUGGCACACGCGUAGAUUGUUAUUCGUACGUCUAUGUAAAGAACCUCACGGAAAACUUAUUUGCAGAUUGUUGGAAUAUGGCGAGCAUGUAUGAAAUUACACGUGAAGAGCUGGUACUAUGGAAUCCUUCCCUUGGCAAUGAUGGCUCUUCAGGGUCAAAUCUCUCAGGCGCUGAAGCUAGUCAAGUUGCAUCAUCGAUAGCAAUUCCGACUACUGCUCCAAGCUCAAUCACCACCAAUCUUUAUACCUAUCCGUGUACAGUUGCCGCUAAUAUUUCGUACUGCGUCGCCUUGGUUUCUUCGACUGGUGCUCUACCUACGAAUACGGCACCCCCAGGGCCUCACGCUUCUGGAGAGAUAUCUAAUUGUACGGCAUGGUUUGCACCCGAAGCCUACGAUACGUGCAAAUCAAUCUUGGACAUAUUUGAGAUGUCGUUUGCAAACUUCUACAAAAUGAACCCCUCGGUUGGCCCAGAUUGCUCUGGCCUUGCCGUGGGAACGAACUAUUGUGUAUCAACGUAUCCUAAUGGUGAGGAUCCGAAUGAUGAUUGGGAUGGAGACGACAGCAUCCCAUCUAUUUCGCCCACUGGAAUUAUAACGCCUACACCAACUCAGAGUGGCAUGGUUAGUAAUUGCAACAAAUUUUACGACGUCCACUCCAACGAUGGCUGUUCAGCCAUUGCAAGCAGCCAGCAUGUCGAUCUAAGUUCUCUUUACAAAUGGAACCCGGCCAUUAAGACCGACUGCUCUGGUCUUCAAGCAAGUGUUUACGUCUGCAUCGGAAUUUUAACGACAUCCAUGUCCACCACAUCCAAACUGCCCACCACUACGUCUAAGCCAUCUACCACCUCCAAACCGCCCACUGGCAUCACGACACCUACACCCACUCAAAGCGGUAUGGUCAAGAACUGUAAUAAAUUUUACGAUGUGCACUCGGGAGACGGCUGUUCGGCGAUUGCAAGUAGCCAAAAGGUCAACCUUAGUUCAUUCUACCUAUGGAAUCCAGCUGUCAAGACGGAUUGCUCUGGCCUUCAGGCCAGCGUAUUUGUCUGUAUCGGAACUUUAACGACAUCCAUGUCCACCACCACAUCCAAACUACCCACCACUACAUCUAAGCCAUCUACUACCUCUAAACCACCCACUGGCAUUAUAACACCUACACCCACUCAAAACGGUAUGGUCAAGAACUGUAAUAAAUUUUACGAUGUGCACUCGGGAGACGGCUGUUCGGCGAUUGCAAGCAGCCAAAAGGUUAACCUCAGUUCAUUCUACCUAUGGAAUCCAGCUGUCAAGACGGAUUGCUCUGGUCUUCAGGCCAGCGUAUUUGUCUGUGUUGGCACAGCGACAACUACAACAGCUGCCGGCAUAACAACCCCUACGCCCACCCAGAGCGGCAUGGUGAGCGGUUGUAACAAAUUCUACGACGUCCACGCCGGGGAUGGCUGUUCCGCAAUUGCAAGCAGUCAAAAAAUAGCUCUAUCUUCGCUGUAUAAGUGGAAUCCGGCUGUGAAGACGGAUUGCUCUGGCCUUCAAGCGAGUGUAUACAUAUGCAUCGGUGUGGGAAAUGCUGCCGCUGCUCGUGUUACAGGAUGAAUAGUUUGCAAAAAGGCAUUUUCGCAAAGUAGAAGGCCAUGGAUAUACAAAUGCUUAUUUGAGAUCUCAGCAGCAGCCUCAGACGUGUUAUUCUCUGGAUCUGACUGUUUCAUAUUAUACAUGUAUAUACCUGGCGGUCAUUAUGUUCUACCACUGACUACUACUAAUAGUCAACGGGAGAUUGAUGAGAAUGCAAGCGUACUACCCAGCCGGUUAUACCGUUGCCAUAUAAGAUAUGGGCACUGGGUUUUAAUAAUUAGAAUUACUAGUACCUGGGUACAGGUACUAGUAGUUUCAGACAGUGUACGUAUGCGGACAGAAAUUCCCAUGGAAUGUGAUAUCAGUUACAUGUACACUAGUUUCUGAAGGUACAAGUGUUAGCUCCCAAGCGGUUUGCAAAAAAAAAAAGGGACCGCAAAAUGAAUAACCACAUACAAAUU